GAGAGAAGCGGAAGUAAUUGAGUGUUUAAGCCUCAGACAUGGCGGAUUUACUGCAUGCUAGCUCUUAUUCUCUGUGCUGGUGAAACUGUUACAGACCGAGUUCAUCUCCCGGAAAGGGUUACAUCCCGGUUUUUUCUCUCAGUGUGAGGUGAAGGUGUGUGUUGGUCAUCAUGGGGCGUCGAUCCACUUCGUCCACCAAGAGUGGAAAGUUCAUGAACCCUACUGAUCAAGCCCGUAAGGAGGCCAGGAAGAGGGAGCUCAAGAAGAACAAGAAACAGAGGAUGAUGGUGAGAGCUGCUGUUCUGAAGAUGAAGGACCCCAGACAGAUCAUCAGAGACAUGGAGAAACUGGAUGAGAUGGAGUUUAACCCAGUACAGCAGCCCUUGUUGAAUGAUAAAGUGCUGCGUGAUAAGAGGAAGAAGUUGCGCGAGACCUUUGAGCGAAUUGUGCGUCUGUACGAGAGAGAAAACCCCGAGACGUAUAAAGAGCUGCGUAAACUGGAGCUGGAGUACGAGACCAAGCGAGGACAGUUAUCCCUGUACUUCGACUCUGUCAAGAAUGCCGAGUCUGUGGAGGUGGACAGUAUUCCUCUUCCUGACAUGCCUCACGCACCUUCCAGCGUCCUCAUCCAGGACAUCCCACUGCCCGGAGCCCAGCCACCAUCAAUCCUCAAAAAGACUUCUACAUUUGGUAAAGGGACUGCGGCGUUAUCGGCAGCGGUUGCUGGGGUUCCUCGGUUACCACCUGGACGUAAACCCCCUGGACCUCCACCUGGGCCUCCACCACCCCAGAUACUUCAGCUCUAUAAACCAGAUACAGGAGGCGAGGCUGAUGUGGACAUGGCUGAUCUAGACAGCGAUAGUGGCUCAGACAGAGGAAAGGAUGAGAGUGAUUCGGACGACCAGAGUGACGGAGAGGGGGAUGAGCAGAUGGAGAUGAGGGGCAUGGGAAGCCGACAGGACGAACGAGAGCGGGAUGACGAGCGGGAAAGAGGUCGCACUGUGCGCUUUGCUGAUGUUCCACAACCGGCAAAGAAGCGAAAGAAGAGGGUUGUGAAGAAAACAAAGGCUAUUACUCCUCUACAGGCCAUGAUGUUGAGGAUGGCAGGUCAGUCUGUGCCUGAGGAAGAGGAGGAGGUUGAAGAGGAGGAGUACACAGACUCUGAUCAGUCAGACAGCGAGGCCUUGGAACCCCCUGGUGACAGCCAAUCCGCUCCCUCACUGAACAGACUCCCUCCACCGUCAGCACCAAUGGGAGCGCCGCCACCACAGCAGCAGCCGCCACCUCACAUGCAGCCACCUCCAAUCACAGGCCCUCCUCCUUUAGGACCUCCUCCUGCUCCUCCAAUGAGGCCUCCAGGUCCACCCUCAGGUCCACCUCCUGGGCCUCCACCAGGUGCCCCUCCGUUCCUGAGACCUCCCAAUCUACCUGGUGCCAUGAGGGGGCCUAUGCCUCGUAUGUUGCCCCCUGGUCCACCUCCUGGGCGACCUCCAGGCCCACCCCCUGGUCCACCACCAGGCCUUCCUCCAGGUCCACCUCCAAGAGGACCACCCCCCAGGCUACCUCCCCCUGCACCACCAGGCAUGCCUCCACCUCCUCCUCGUGCUGUUCCUCCACGGAUGGCUCCGCCCAUGUCUAUGUUCCCACCCCCUCUGAACCCCAAUGUCUUGAGUGCCCCUCCCAGCAUUGUUCCUCGUCAGAAGCCCCCAUCUUCCUCUGCCCUGUCUUCCUCCCCCAGCGAUCCCUCCAUCUUAGCCCCACCUUCCCUUUCUCUCUCUAUCCGCCCGUCGUCUCUGCAGAUGCCCCCGCCUCCAGGUACAGUUCCCACCCCUGUUAACCCACCCACCCACACCAUAGAGAAGCGUGCCAACAUCACAAGCGUCCCCGGAGCUGCAGGCCAAUCGGGCGGCGCCACUAUUUCAGCAAAACCGCAGAUCAUCAACCCCAAAGCGGAAGUGACACGAUUUGUUCCCACGGCGCUGCGUGUGCGCCGAGACCGAAUUGGUCCACAAGGGGGUAUGUCCAUCGAGAGAGGGGGGAGGAGGGAGGAGGAGAGAGUGGCACACGGCCUCAAAGCCAUGCCCUCGGCAAACCCCGCCCAGUCUGUCUCAAGCUCCGCCCCUUCCAACAUGAAGACCAAGGACCAGGUGUACGAGGCCUUCAUGAGGGAGAUGGAGGGGUUACUGUGAGACAGACGGGGGGUCGGGUGGGAAAGGGGAUAGAUGAUUGGUCAAACAGGCAAGGUUAGGGUUAGCAUUUCAUUUCUAUGCUAGUGUUCGUUAACUAAGCUCGGUGUUUGUGAGAUCAGCAGAAGGAUUCGGACCUUACAGGAGUUAGAAGCACCAUUUUUAUAUUGAGUUUGUUUUCUGUAUGUAGAUGUUUAGUGUCGGAUUUGGGGACAGAACGAUGUGGUGAUUGUUUAUGGAAUGCUCUAAAAUAAACAACAAAACCCUUUCA